GGCAGAAUGUACUGUAGACUCCAGCUGAGGUAGGGCUUCAGGAUGGAUCAGGCAGGUCCGGAGAGCAGAAAGAGUCAGGAUCACUGGCAUCUCCAUAAUAUCACGUGUAGCUCAACAGAAGGACAGAAGGAGAGGGAGGUAAAGAGAAAGAGAGAUUGUUAGGUAUGCUUACUAUCCAGUAAUGGAUAAGACCGUGUACUUUCUCGACCCCUAACAAAUCUCACCUAAUGCAUAUUUAAACCUUAAAAAGACUUCUAGAAAGAACACAUCUUUAUGUAUAUGCGGUCUAUACUAGUGUUUGCCUUCAUUUGUAAGAGGACAAAAACAUUGGGGGGGAAAAAUAACCACGCCUCUGUGAUCAGUUUCGAAAGUGAAAGCAACACCAGCUUCACUUCCUGAUCUCAGCUCGAAAAUUAAAUCCGUCUUUUUGGCGGUUAAAGCUACUUGUUUAUAAACAAAAACAGCUUAAAUUCAGGAUUUUAAUAGGCUGCACGAGCUGAUCCGAGGACAGUGUGGACAAAAUGAAGGAAACGCUCGUGUGUUUCACCGUCAUGUUUUUCAGCUCGCGGCUCAUAAUGGCUUCUGAUGUGAUCACCGUAAACUGUUCUGAGACAGUAAUCAUGGGGCAAUAUGGUUCCUCUGUGGUUCUCCCAUGUUGGCUCACCCCUGAGAUGAAUGCAGAAACUUUGGAGAUUCGUUGGUACCGCCCAGGGCAGUUCAAAAGUCCACUACUGUUGUACCAGAAUUCUAAAAUCAUUACAGACUACAAUACGUACAACAAUCGGAGCUCACUGACUCUGAGAAACCCUCAGUCUACCGGGCUGAAACAGGGAGACAUCUCCUUGAGGUUGGACAACCUUUGCUUGUCAGAUAUAGGGAUUUUUCACUGUUACGUGACUGGAGACAAAUCAUAUCAUGAAAAAACUGUGCAACUCAAUUUAACAGCUCUUGGCUCACCCCCUUUCCUUUCUCUGAAGAACCAUCAUGACUCUGUGAACCUCAGCUGUUCUUCCUGUGGCUGGUUUCCAAAACCGAGUCUUCUGUGGAAAUUUACUAAUGAAAAAGGAGAGGCUCUUUCUGAUCCUCAAUCCCGCAUUUACAGUAGACAAGAGAACGGCCUGUUUUGCAUUUACAGCUGGGUCAUCCUGUCGUCUUCUGUCUCUAACUCGAUCUCCUGUUCUGUCAGUCUGUCAGAAGACAAGAAGAGAAAUGUGAGCAUGGAUUUAGGGGCCCGCCAAUCAGUUGACAAUAGUGUUGUGUGGAAGAUUCUUUUCGCUCUGUUAUGUGUAUUGGCCCUGAUCGGAAUUGGCCUCCUCCUCUACAGAAAAUAUAAACCAGGAUACAAGCCAGUUAGCACUGGUGAGCAACCAAAUGAAAUCACGGUGGACUUGAGAAAGGAUACAAGCUUGGAGGACUUGAGGAAAUCAGCAGUGACCUUCACGUUAGAUGAGGAGAACUGUAAUAAAGACUACCUAAGAUUUAACCCUCAAGGUAAUGCUGUGAGAGAUGCAGAGGAGGCUGCUAAGUAUGAAGGACAUGGUUUUCCUUAUGAAUUAUGUGUACGUGGAAGAGAUGUAUUCCGCUCCGGUCGUUCAUAUUGGGAAGUUGGAUUAAAAAUAACAAAUGUCCCACCCAAAAAGUCAUGGCUGAUUGGAGUCGCCAAAGAUUCAAAUCGCACAAGUGACAAAAAGAGUGAUUUUACGCCUUCAAAUGGUUUUUGGUUUCUGUGCUCGGACCCAGUAAAAGGCCUCUGUGUUAACACUGAACCAGAAAUCUCAUUUCUGGAAAACACAACACCGGAGUGCAUUGGAGUUUUGCUAGAUUUUGACAGUAGCAAGCUUUCAUUUUACAAUGUGCAUCCUAAUGACUGUGCACAUCUCUUUACAAUGUUUAUCGAUUUCCAAGGGGGCAUUGUGCCUCUGUUUAAUCCAGGAAUAGGCGAAAUAGCUCCACUUAAAAUAAUUGACCUACAGGACAAAAUUCAAAAUGAGCCUGGAGGGAGUGCCAGUGCUCAACUCAGCAGUGCAAAUCAACAUGUAUAAAUUGGGCAUAACACUAAUAAAAGAAUGAUUGGGCCUUAUUUCUCAAGCUGGAUAUAAAUAGGUCAACAGGAUCAUUUACACAAGAAUUGCGGUUUUGUGAAAAUCCAGUUAGUUUGGAAAAACUUUUUCAGAGUUCCUGACUGUAAUGAACAGUUUGUGAAAAUGAGUCAUUUGAUAUCGAUCAUCCCAAAAUAUAUCCGUAACUUAACGACAAAUGUAGUGAGUUUUAUGGAGUUUUGUCUCACUAAGUAUGAAUCAGCUGUCCCAUGAAAUGUGGCUGGUAAUUUCGAGCUGAUUGGCAAUUAUCAACAAUGCACAUGAGUACAAAGACGAUCAGCAUUAACGAAAGUUUUGUAAAUUUUCAAUUCCGUUUGGCCUACAAAUAAUGUUUACACAACUUUACUGAAAGAUCGACUUUCUCUGACUAAAAUCUUAAGGGCUGUGCCAUUACAUUACAAGUAAAGCUUGUUAGAUGAUUGAUCAAAUUGAUGUCAAAGUAGCUUCUAGAACAAUUGUCCCAUGAGGCAUUGCUUCAAUCCUGACUCCAUUCCCUUUUCAAAUAAAAAUGGCUAAUGACAGGAAGCAUGUUUCUAACCGCACUCCAGUUUUAAACAAGAUCCAUUUUGUGUAAAACAUGUAAAGCAGUGAUGUGUUUUGUUUUUUUGUUUUUUUUUAAAAUAAAUUGUACUUGUAAGAUUGGAUAGAAGGUCUGUAGGUUUUCAGACACGAGAAAGUCAACAAGACGGAUGAGUAUUUUGUUUAGUUCCGUUAGAUAGUAAAAUUCAAGGUCACUUGAGUUCCUCCUUUUCAGUUCUAGGGAAAGGAAGUCUCAAGGGCACAUUUUUAAUUUUGUACCUCAUUCGAUGAAACAAAAGGAUUCAAACCAGCAGCUUAAUCAAACUGGCUCACAUAUCAAGCCAGAAGGAUCCUUUAGCACUGCGAAUGGCUUUUGAAGCCCUGCUCCCAUCAGUGUUGUUUUUAUAUUGAUCGUGAUAAAGACAUAAUGUUCAUUUUAGAACUAAUCCUGAUUUAUUAUCUGAAAAUUUACAAUAAGAGUCUAGUGCAUUGAAACAGCACUGCUACAUAUUAAACUAUUGAAUAGUUUUGUAUUGUAUAGACAUGCUAAACUUGAUUAAUGUUGUACUUUUUGUGUGUUUGUGUUGUACUGUUGUAGCAUAAUGUGUUGAAGGUAAUUUAGACCGUAGAUACGUAUCAGUUGUGGAAAUGGGACUCACAUACUGAUAUAAACUGAGGAAUUCACUCUUUAUAAACAUAUUUUGAAAGUACCACACAUAUAAUCAGUAAUGUAGUGAUCAUAUUUAUUGUUUGUUAUUUACACUACUCAUGAAAAAUAAGCUUUAGUUUAUAUACUGUGUGUGUAAAUCACAAAAUGUUUAUUAAUUCGGGCAGCUGUGGUUCAGGUGGUAGAGUGGGUUGUCCACUAAUCGUAGGGUCGGCGGUUCGAUUCCCGGCCCACAUGACUCCACAUGCCGAAGUGUCCUUGGGCAAGACACUGAACCCCAAGUUGAUCCAGAUGGCAAGUAGCGCCUUGCAUGGCAGCUCUGCUACCAUGUGUUUGUGUGUGUGAAUGAGACAUGGUGUAAAGCGCUUUGGAUAAAAGCGCUAUAUAAAUGUGCCAUUUACCAUUUAAUUGCUCAAUGAACUUUGUAGAGACACUAUUGCUAGUUUAUACAUAUUUAUUCAAUUUAUGAUUAUGAUUUUACACAGCCAUGUGAAGAUGCUUUACCCUAAACGUAAGAAAACCACAUUAUCAUUUUUGUCUUCAGUAAUUCAGCUUGGCUUAAUUUCCAUCUUCCACAAUUUGAUGUCUUAAUUGUCCAGUUAUCCAUUGUAAUAUGGGCGGCAAAAUAUACAUGUUUAUUUGCAUCUGCUCUGCAUUUCUGUGAUGGAUUGCUCAUCCAAAUUUUAGACACACACCUAUCUGCUUGUGUUUAAGAUUGUAAUUUCCUCUGGUCGAAAAUACAGCUUGUUAAUAAGUAUGUAAAUAAUUAUUUGGAAAUAAAACACUAAUCGUUUUUCUGAA